CUUUUAUUUCGAGAAAUUAGUAGAUGAUCGAAAUAAGAUUGAGUGAAAAUUAGCAACGCAAACUAUUAAAUAAUUACAUAUUUUUAGUUUAAUAUCGGUGUUUAUAAUUUAACAUAAAAAAUGGUGGAGAUUAUUAGAAAAGCCAUAUAUUUCUACCAGCUUGUCUUCGAUGAAUGGGCAGAUCCUAAUACAAAAUCGUGGCUUUUCGUAGCGAAACCAUACCAGGGGCUCACCAUUUUGGCUUUAUACUUGAUGUUCGUGUUAAAAUGGGGCCCGAAUUUCAUGAAGAAUCGAAAGCCAAUGAAUUUGGAGAAAGUAAUGAUUGUGUAUAACGCUGUGCAAGUCAUUUGCUGCACACAUGUAUUUCUUGUAGGCAUUACUAUAGGUUGGGGAUGGGGUCAGGGAUACAGAUGGGUGUGCGAACCUGUGGACUACUCAAACUCGGAGCACGCUAAGCUAGUAAGGAAGACCGUCUAUAUUUAUUAUCUACUAAAGAUUGCAGAUCUCGCGGAUACUAUAUUCUUCGUACUUCGCAAAAAGACCAACCAACUGACAUUCUUACAUAUCUACCACCACACUGGCAUGGUCAUGAUCAUUUGGGGGGCCACAACUUACCUUGCAGGCGGCCAUGGAUCUUUGGUUGGAGUUAUCAACUCAUUCGUGCACUGUGUGAUGUAUUCCUACUACUUACUAACAGUUGCCUACCCAGCGGUCAAGCAGAGUGUGACUUUAAAGAAGUUCGUCACACAAAUACAAAUUCUCCAAUUCUUGUUAUGCACGGUUCACUUCAGCACAAUAUGUUUCAAGCGCGACUGCGAUUAUCCAAGAUGGACGGCAGCAGUGUUCCUGCCACAAAAUAUGUUUAUGCUCGUCCUAUUCAUGGACUUUUACAUUAAAAACUACGUGAGAAAACCAAAGCAAAAGGAUAAAAAAGCUGACCUCGAAGAAACAGAAGAAUCCAGAAUAAUUGAAGGUGAUCAUAUAAUUCAGAAGAGAUCAAAUAUUAACAGCGAUAUGCAGGGAAGUUUGCGGCAUAUAGACAACAGUCGGAGAAAUGAGAAAAAGUGUUAA